UCCACAGUAGCACUCCAAAGACCUGCACUUUGGACCAGGACUCUGCGUGGCGAUGAACUCUUUGGUUCACCUGAAGAGCUGCCUGGCAGCCGGCCUGCUGCAGAACAAAGUGGCCAUCGUCACCGGCGGGGGCACGGGCAUCGGAAAGGCCAUCGUGACCGAGCUCCUACACCUGGGAUGUAACGUGGUCAUCGCAUCCCGUAAAUUGGAGAGAUUAAAAUCUGCUUCAGUUGAAAUGAAGGCCAACCUACCUGCCAAUAGCCAGGUUCAAAUCACUCCUCUACAAUGCAACAUCCGUAAAGAAGAGGAGGUGAAUAGUUUGGUCAAAUCCACUUUAGAUAUUCAUGGUAGGAUUGAUUUCUUGGUGAACAAUGGAGGGGGCCAGUUCAUGGCUCUCGCAGAAGACAUCAGUUCCAAGGGAUGGAAUGCUGUGAUCGAAACCAACCUGACGGGCACCUUCUACAUGUGCAAAGCAGUUUACAAAUCCUGGAUGAAGGAGCAUGGAGGGUCAAUUGUCAACAUCAUUGCCCUGACUAAAAAUGGAUAUCCAGGAUUUCUACACAGUGGAGCUGCCAGAGAAGGUGUUUACAACCUCACCAAAACCUUAGCCAUUGAGUGGGCUAGCAGUGGAGUGAGAAUCAACUGUGUUGCCCCAGGGAUAGUUUAUUCCCAGACUGCUUUUAACAACUAUGGUCUUUUGUCAAAUAACCUAUUUGGAGACUUUGAGAAAAUCCCAGCUAAAAGAAUUGGAGUUCCUCAGGAGGUCUCUCCCUUGGUCUGCUUCCUGCUCUCGCCAGCAGCUUCCUUUGUUACUGGACAGUUGGUGACUGUGGACGGGGGCCAGUCCCUGUAUAGUCAGUCAUUUCAAGUACCAGAUCACGACAACUGGCCUGAGGGACCAGGGGACCUUUCAGCUGUGAAAAGGAUGAAGAAGGCUUUUAAAGAGAGGGCCAACCUCUAAGCCAAGAAGCAAAAGGGUGUUUCUGCAGGUGCCUCACCAGCUCGACAAUGAAUUUGAGUACUUUCUAGGGGUUAAUGAUUUGUAUGGGGAAAUCACUAUCACUUUGAUAACCACAUAUUGAUUAUAAUCAAGAUUUAUUUCUGUAAUAAAGUCCCAAUGGAUGUUUUUUCACUUGAGAUUGGAAAAAAAAUUGAUAGGAGUGAAAGUGAAUUUUACUAUGUAGUCAUACUUUUUAUUUCUAAGAUAUCUCAAAAGUCAAACAGUUGCAAAUUAAUAAUAGAGGUAGUUUCGCGUCCUCGAGGUUUAAGUUGUUAAUGAUACACGUAAGCAAGGAGUCUAUAGUUGACAACAUUUUCAUGCUUCAAAUCUGAAUUAUGCAAUGAUACUAUUUUUUUCAUGUC